AUGAAUUCCGACAUAUCUGCAGAUGUGGCGGAGGAUUUCCGACAGGCACUUCUCGACCUGACUAUGAAUUCGCGAUAUGAGAUCAGCAAUCUAACUGUCAUCGCAAGGGAAAACACAGAGCAUGCGUACGCCAUCUCGGAGGCCCUAAAGAACCAUAUCAAGCAGACUUCGCCGCAGAAGAAACUUCCCGCAUUCUACGUCCUCGACUCUGUUGUGAAGAAUGUUGGCACCCCUUACACCAUCUUCCUCUCCCGUGGACUCUAUUCGACUUUUAUGGAAGCAUACGCGUUGGUGGACACGAAUGUUCGGAGAAAGAUGGAUGAGAUGCUGAAGACUUGGAAAGAGCCAGUCCCAGGGGCGUUGGAUACGCGACCAGUCUUUCCACGCGACGUCACGAGUCCCAUCGAAAAUGCAUUGAUCAAGGCCAGAACAUCUGCAGUGCAAGCUCACAAUGAGUAUCUUCGAAACCAGCAACAGGUCUUGGGUCGUGGACGGCCAGGUGCGCCCCAGGUUCCUCAUCGCGAUACACCUACACCUCCGAAUACAUACCGGCAGCAAGCUCAACCUGUUGUUCCACCACAUCAGAAUACAUAUCGACAGCCUCCUCAGGUUCCCAUCCCCCCCCCCCAAAAUACAUAUCGACCAGCACCUCCAGCUCCAGCCCCAACACCCCCAAAUCCGUACUCGCAGCCACCUCAAGCUGCCAUUACCACGCCUCUAAAUACAUACCAACAAUCUAAUCAGCCUCCAAUUGCACAACCUCCCAAUUAUACCCACCCACAAGCUGCGGCAAGUAGCCUGCUGGAGCGAUUACGAGCUUCAGGCUUGCUGCCCCCAACACAAUCAGCAGCCUCAUCAGGAAGCAUUGCUUCUGGAAUUCCUGCCACCACAAGACCAGCAUUUUCGACCCCACCCGCAUUUACGAAUACCCCUCCAGUUGUCAACAUACCCCCGCCUGUCAGCCUACCUCCAUUUACUAACACACCGGCUCCCAUAAUGGGAGAACUACCCAAUGACGCCGACCUGAGAAACCCUCUAUCGCUGAGAAUGCCCCGGCCCCAUUUAAUCUCUCGUCUAUAUGCAAACCUCGGCGCACCAUGUACGCAAUGCGGACGCCGCUUUAGACCCGACGAAGAAGGGAGGAAGAAGAAGACUGCCCAUAUGGAUUGGCAUUUCAAAGUUCAUCAACGUAUGAGGGAAUCAGAAAAGAAAGGACAGGGCCGGAGUUGGUAUGUGGAUGAACUGGAUUGGAUCAACUCCCGUGAAGUAGAGGACGAUCAAAAUGUGGACGUCGGAGAGAGUAGGAACGGUGCUGGUGUUGCUGGCCCUGGCGCACCCAGCAAGCCGGAAUUACAGUAUAUACCUGCCCCGGACGACCCUACGCUUGCAAGUAGUGUUUGCCCUAUUUGUCAAGAGAAGUUCGAAUCAAAAUGGCUCGAUAGCGCCCAAGAAUGGGUCUGGAUGGAUGCCAAAAAGAUUGGAGAGAGGAUAUUUCAUGCUAGCUGUUACGCUGAGGUGACGAAGGAUUUGAGCAAAGUGCUAAAAGGGGCUACUCCGGAGCCUGUGCUGGGAAAACGGAAGGCUGAAGAUGAUCAUAUUACGCUACGGUCUAAAAUAAAAUCGGAACCUUUCCCUUGA